UAUGCUGAUUUUCCUUUUCCAUAAUUUGUCAACACCACUGUAAAUCGAGCUGAACAACCCGUGACAAAUUGUUAUCGAGACUUCGAAUAAUGCUUAGAAAGGAUUUGAGACCUCCGUAAAUCCACAUGCUCCAUAGAGAGAUAAAUUUUUAACACGUACAUGUAUUCGUGUUUCUCUCUAGUUUCAAGAAUGGGAGCUAAUGCAUCUGCAUUGGAGAAGGAGAUAGGGUCAGAUCAGUUCCCUCCCAGUGAGCAUUACUUUGGACUAGUCAAUUUUGGAAACACAUGUUACUGCAACUCAGUCCUGCAGGCGCUGUACUUCUGCAAGCCAUUCAGGGAUCGGGUCCUGGCCUAUAAGACGCAGCCGAAGAAGAAGGAAACUCUCUUGACCUGUCUAUCGGAUCUCUUCAACAGCAUCAACACGCAGAAGAAAAAAGUGGGUGUGGUCGCACCAAAGAAGUUUGUGGCCAGAUUAAAGAAAGAAAAUGAGGUUUUUGACAACUACAUGCAACAGGAUGCACAUGAAUUCCUCAUAUAUCUUCUCAAUACGAUAGCAGACCUCUUACAAGCUGAGAGGAAAGCAGAGAAGUUAGCUGGUAAAGGCAAACCUGGCACUCCUAAUGGGAUCAUCAAUGGUAAUAACAAUGACAUGAAGACAGAACCCACCUGGAUACAUGAAAUAUUCCAAGGAACAUUAACAAAUGAGACAAGAUGUCUCUGCUGUGAAGGGGUGAGCAGUAAAGAUGAGGAUUUUCUUGAUCUGUCUGUAGAUGUAGAGCAGAACACAUCAAUAACACAUUGUUUAAGGGGUUUCAGCAAUACAGAAACAUUAUGCCAUGAAUACAAAUACUACUGUGAGACGUGUUGUAGUAAACAAGAAGCACAAAAGAGAAUGCAAGUAAAGAAGCUGCCUCAACUAUUAGCGCUGCACUUAAAACGGUUUAAGUACAUGGAACAAUCACAUAGAUAUACCAAACUUUCCUACCGAGUUGUGUUUCCUUUAGAGCUAAGAUUAAUGAACACGAGUGACGAUGCAGAGGCUCCUGAUAAGCUGUAUGAUCUUGUUUCAGUUGUUGUGCACUGUGGAAGUGGGCCAAAUAGGGGCCAUUACAUCACCAUUGUGAAGAGCUUUGGUUUCUGGCUUCUCUUCGAUGAUGACAUGGUAGAGAAAAUUGAAGUCUCAAGUAUCGAGGAAUUCUACGGUCUAGCCACGGAGGUGCAAAAGAACUCUGAUUCAGGAUACAUUCUCUUCUACCAGGCAAGAGACGUUUAGAGAACAGACAAUGAGAAUGGUUAAAAGACCAAAUGAUGUUGAGUAGUUUGUCCCAAGGAAGAUUGUUGAUGGAAGGAAACCUCCAUUAAAACUACAAUUGCCAAACGUCUUCAAGAUGUGUGGCAUGUUUAACAUAGCUUUGCGUGUAGCCAAGCCAUGCAACACCUCCCUGAUGCUACCCUUAGAUUUCUUAUUGAUGGAGAGGAGAUGAGAGUGCUCAACUAACCACUGUCAGCAUUAUAGGCCAGGAGAAAACAUAUUCAUGUGUUUGCUGCCCUCUACAGUUGACCAGGGAGAGCAUUGAGGAUAUGUGGAAAGGGCAUCAUCACAUGAAUACAAAAGAAAGUGGAAUCUGAAAGUAUGAUGAUAUUAUCAGUUUGAUUUUUUCCUGUUCGAUAAUUAUCUGAGGUAGUUCUCACCAUAGUAAUUUGUAUUUAGUUAUUUUUUUUAAUAAACAGUGAAUUACAUAGAUGACGACAUAUCAGCAAACAUAUAAAGAUCACCCUUGAAUUAUUUGUUGUAUGUUUUUGUAAUAUGUUACAAGUGAUAAUAAUCUAGUCUCAGGAGCUGUCUUUUUGUAUAUUGAAUAACCCUUUGCUUUAAAACGAAAAUUCACUAACAUAAAAAUGCUGUUUGUUGUAUUAUUUUUCCGUCGGCUUUUUAUAUUUUGUUUUGGGGCGGUAGCAAAAUAAGAUACAUUAGCUAUUAUGAUCAUCAUUUAGGAAAUAAGAAUAUUGACAUUUGACAAUGAUUACAUGAAAUUGUGUACUUUUAAUAUAUAUAUAUUUAUAUAUGUACAUGUGAAGUGAAUGGACUAUUUCUCAUUCAACGAGUAUGUAUAUAUUUAUGGAAUUUUUCAGCCAUUUUAGAAUGCAGACUGGCUGUAUGUAAUUUACAAUAUAUUGUACAUAAUGUCUAUAUCACAGAACUAUUUUGUGGUAGAAAGUAAAAAAAAAUGCUAUAAAUAAAUAAUGAAGAAAAAAUAAAUAUUCAGAUAUGCUAUUAUAUUCCUUUAAGGUUCCAUUUGCAGAUACUUUAGUCAAAUCAAUGGGAUUUUAAACUUAGUGCCAUUUGUUUUAAUCUCAUAGAGAUUUUCUUUUCAUCCUUAGUUUGAUAGCCAAGAAAUAUGUGAUAGAAUAUGUUGCAGUUAUUAAUCUCUUUUUGUUUGCAAUAAAUGUGUAAAUUUAUAACAGCCACCACUUUGCUAGUACUAUUGGAUAGUUAUUAUUUUGAGUGAUAGAAAUAAUCCAGAAUCAUGAUGUACAUGUACUGUAAUGUGUGACUUAAAUUUUGCUCUAAGCCCAGAUAUAUGUUCUUUGUUCCCUUGAUAUCUCAUAUGGCUUUAUAAAUUGAUUGUUCAAAAAAUUGUUGAAAAA